AUGAGAAGAGGUGGGCUGGCACGUGCAGAAAAAGGCCUCCUCUCCGCGAUCUUUACCGCCUACGACACUCACUGCAACUUGGUGAUCAGCCCUGAUGACGUGUGGUUGACUAUCCUCGCCCAGUUCUGCGCCUACGUGAACAAAAACGCGGAGGGACUACGGGAUAGGAUCGUCCAACACGAGGGCAAGAAGGCGCUCAUCGUAGUAAGUGACGGAACGCUGCGUACUACUGCAGACUACCCGCGUAUGAUCAGGGAUUUGUUGGGGCUAAUCAGGCAGAACAUCAAGUCGCCCGAACUCGCUGACUGGUUCCGGCCGGGUUUCUCAACGACGACGGAGAGGGACGAGGUGUGCGCUGCGGCGACGGCGAUGGCGAGCCUGCAGAAUUACUUCGAGUUCAGGAUGAGGCGCGGGUGUGGCAUCCCCUCGGUGACCCUCAGGGGCACAGUGAGAGACUGGAAGCUGCUCCGGGAGAAGGUCGAGCGCCUUCUCGAGUUCGAGGUGGACGGCAAUCCUGAGGGCGAGGUCAUGCAGAUAUGGGUGGGGUACCUGCGCAAGGUCUGCGACGGGUUCGUGGAGUCAGCGGAGCAUCCUGGGAGCCCGGAAACACUCGAGUUUUGGGACAGGGUUCUCACAGAUAAACGCGGGGGCUCGGGGGUGAACUACAUCACGGGCUGGGUUUCCGCUUUCACAUGCUUCAACAGUGACGGCAAAUUCCUCGGAAAGCGUACAAAGCUCAGGUCAUUUGACGAGAACUUGAAAAUCGUCGAGAAGGAAGUGGAAUUUCCCAUCAUUGGCGGCCGCGACAUCUGCCACAACGUGGUUUCGUGCCCUGUGAAAAUAGUUGACGUCUCCGAUCGGCGUGAGUAUGAUGGUACUCUUUUCGCAGGCCAAACCGUCUGUGAGGCCGAGAGGCCCGGAGCGACGGGGCACCCGACAGUGCGCCCCCGAAGCGACUGGUGCAUGGCCGUGGCGGUCAAGGAGUAGAUUUAGCUCCGCGGGGGUUUGUUGGGUGAGGUCCAUUAAGUGGAAAUGGCGUUGUCUCUGCAGUCUGACGUCUCUCACAUCGAACGAUUUCCAGCACUGUAGGCAUUGUGCGUCCUGGGUACGCCCUAGGCGAAAGGGAAUGAUUUUACCCCUUCGUGUUGCAGAUUCUGUUUUUUCUAUGAGGCAUUUACCUCUUAAUUAUUUUUUUUCCAGCCGCAGGUUCCCCUACAACUACCUUGUUACGACUUCAUCCCAGUUGCUUACCUGUCCUUUAAAAGGAUUUUCUUUUUUUACUUUAAGCCCAAAUUCAGGACCGGGGACAUAGGCCUUCGAGAACGUCGAUGAAGACAUAGGACGGUAGACGACGAAGACGACGAGUUCAAAUGCGAUUGCGGCUUCGAAUGCGAAGAUCUUGUUCAUGUAGUCGCGGAAUGUCCGUUGUACAAGAAGGAGAGGGAAAUGUACGUGACUGAGCUGGAAAAAGUACAAGAAAAGUACAGGGAGAUGUUUGAGGCGUGGGAUUGCCAGGAUAAGGCGUUAGUCGUACUGGGGCAUAGGAAGUGGGUUGAAAAGGCGGGAAUCGAUGUCGGUAGGAUAGGUAGACUAGGGAAGACAUUU